AUGGCCGAAGUCCGCGAGCACCACGUCGAAGAUAACCACUCCCACACCGUGGCAGGCCGGGAGGAAAAUGAAAACCCCCCAACUGAAACGGCGGUCAACACUGCCGAACACCAUCGCGAGAGCCAUAGCGACGACGACAGCGACCGCGAUGCAUUCGAGUUGCGCAACGUUUCGACCCAAGACGUGGACGAGGCCGGCUUUUCCACCGACUCGAUAUCCUCCGGGGAAUACCGCGUGAGGACGCUCCGAACGGUCUCCCAGGCCACUCAGCGCAGUCGGGAGUCACGCAAGGGGGCCUGGGGGCGUCUCGAACGCUUCUGGACGCGACAUGUGGUGCUGACUGUGCCACAACGGAGUAAUCGGGAUCAUUUUGCAUUGGAACGAACCUUCUUGGCGUAUAUCCGCACCUCGGUUAUGGUCGCCAUGCAGGGCGUGCUGAUCGCGCAACUGUUCCGCCUCCAGCACAUGGCCUCCCCGGAUCUGGCGCUGGGGUUCUACGAGGUGGGCGUGCCGCUCUCCGUGACCUGCUACGGGGCGGCCAUCGUCAUCGCUGCCCUGGGCGCGUAUCGCUUCUGGAAGCAGCAGAAUAUGGUCGCCUUGGGCACGGUGUACGCCGGGGGGUGGGAGCUGAAUCUGAUUGGGAUACUCAUUGGCUUGAUCAUCCUGACGACUUUUAUCGUAUCGAUAGUUAUUACGGUGCAGUUGGACAAUCUGUGA